AUGACGAAAUCUUGCUGUAAAUGUGACAAAAGUAGUCAAACUUUCACAUGCAAUGGAUGUAAUCAAACAUUUUGUAAUCAUCAUACAGAUGAACAUCGUGAAGAACUUACUCAACAAAUGAAGAAUAUUGAACAAGAACAUAAUGUUCUCAAACAACGUCUAAGUCAACAGACUAUCAGUAAAACAUUAUUAGCACAAAUCGAUCAAUGGAAAAAGAAAUCUAUUGAAAAGAUUCAAUGGGCUGCUCAAAUAGUUAGAACUAAUUUACAACAAUUCACUGAAGAAUUAAAUAAUCAUAUGUCUGAUUUGAUCAAUAAACUAUCGAAUGAAUUGCGUUUAAGUCGAGAAAAAUCUGAAUAUUCCGAAGAUGAUCUCCAUCGAUGGAUGAAACAUCUUGAAGAACUUCAAAUAGAUCUUGAAAAAUUAUCUAAAAUCGAAUUAUCUCAUGAUAAUUUUUCAUCAGACCAUCUUAUUAAAAUCAAGACUGCAGAUGAAAGAGAAAACAAUAAAGCAGACCCGAAAUUUUCGAAUAUAGAUCGUUCUGAUGGAAAACCAACAGAAGUCAUUAUGUCAAGUAACUUAUCAACAGAUGGUCAAUUAGCAAUAACAAGUUCACGAUUACAUAAGCAGCAGAAAGCAUAUCCAAGUUCUAUAUUUGGUCUUAAUCAAUAUACUGACAAAAAAAAAGGUUCUCUAUUAGAAGAUCUUAUGAAUUUGGCUCCCAUAGAAAAAAAUGGUCCGAUGAGUGGUCAAUGUGAUCCACAAACUCAUCAAAUGGAACGAUUUCUUUCAGAUGUAUUUGGUUUCAAAAAUAUUCCUGGAAAAUAUAUUGUUCACGACGUAAAAUCAUUUCAAUUGGACAAACCUCUACAUUCUUUGAAUCCAAAUACACAAAUUCAUUUUCCUAAGAAUAUUGCGAAUUCAUUUACAAUCAUUGUACAAGAAAUUAUCGAUUGGCAAUGUUCAUAUAAAGUUUAUGCUGACAAAAAUAUUAAAGGUACGAACAAAGAAUUUCUUAAGCGUGCUUUACAAGGACAAAGUCAAGAUGGUGAAGAAGCCUUUCGUAUGAAAUUUGUCCCUGAUCGAAUUAAACUUGUUUCAGCGACGGGUAUUGAUUUCGCUGGUCGAAAACACGAUGUAGAUGAUAUUCUUUACUAUAUCUCAAAUUGGGAAGAAGUUUUUCAUAUUGGUCAACGAUCAAAUUUACCAGUGCUCUAUAAUGGAAGAGAUUUUUAUCAAAAAGCCAAUGGACCACGAGGUAAACUUCAUGAAGAACAUAUUCGAAAAAGCUUGAUGCGUAUGGCUAGAUUACGAUUGCGUGCAUGUGAUGAGGAAGUUGUUCAGAUUGUUGUUGAAACAGGUAUCGGACUUGGAGUAUUUUCUGGUAGUCAUAUUGGAAUUAAUGCAAAAAACAUUCGUGCUAUCGUCUUUGCUCUACCUAUAUUCAAUAAAAACAAAUCUAAUGAUCGUCAUCUUGAUGCUUUUGAUGAUUUUGUCAAUGAAUUUCAUAAAACAGAAUACAAUGGUCCUAUACCAGUAUUGAUUGCUGAUCAAGACAUGUAUCGAGUAACCGUAGCUAUCGCUCGUCGUGGUUUUACUGUUUCUGAACGAAAUCCUGCUGAUUCACAUGGUGUUUUUGGUGAAUAUUGGGAAAAUCGAGGACCAUCUGUAGAAGAAAAAUUAGCUUUGACAACAGUCGGUUUACUCGUACAACAUCAUCUCAUCAAUCCAUGCGUACUCGAUGUAGAUCAUCAAGAUUAA